ACAGGACGUUCGAAUUCACGCCGCUCUCUGUUCGGACGGUUAUUGUUAGAAUUCGUUUCAUACGAGAGCACACGUACAUGUACAUGUAUUGACACUUAUACAUCUUGCAAGUCCGCUGUUCCCUACGUCAUGGAUUUCCUGGACGUUCGCACCGUUCUGUUGGGCGUGUUUCUGCUCCUGGUUCUUCGCUGGUUGCUUGGCCGUCCCAAGAACCUUCCUCCAGGGCCCUGGGGAUUCCCACUUCUCGGUUCUGUCCCAGCCAUGGUCUGGUGUAUGCUUCGGGGGUUGGAGUUCCACCAUCAAUUCGAAAAGUACGCCGCUAAGUAUGGGCCCAUAUUUCGCAUCAAAAUCUUCAACAAGACGGUUGUGGUCUUGAACGACUACGCGUUGGUGAAGGAAGCGUUCCAACAUCCACAACUUAGCAACAGACCUAAAAGUCUCUUUACUGAGGUAUUAAAAUUGGAAGGGGUUGCUGCAUCUAAUGGCGAAGCAUGGCUCGAACUGCGUCGGUUCUGCCUCACUGUACUCCGGAGCUUUGGGGUCGGCAAGUCUUCAUUCGAGGAGCAGAUAGGCACUGAGGCUGAGGAAUUAAUGAAAGAACUCGCCGCAUUCAAAGGCAAGCCAUUCAAUCCCAAACCGUUCCUUGGCAACGCAGUGUCUAAUGUCAUCUGCUCCGUCAUCUUCGGAAAGCGCUACAAGUACGACGAUAAGGAGUUUAUGCAUCUCCUUGAUUUAAUGAGCCGUAACAUCAAGCUGGUGGGAGGUGGAGGUGCCAUCACAUUCAUACCAAGCUUACGAUAUCUGCCUUUUCUCCCCAUUCCUGAGCUUCUGUCAAAUUUUGAAGAACUUCUUAACUUUGCACGGAACGUUAUCGACACCCACCGCAAAACCUUCGACGCUGAUAAUUUGAAGGAUUUCACCGACGCGUAUCUAAUGGAAAUUCAACAGAAUUUAAGUAGAGAUAAAGAGGGUAUGCUUCCCAAUGGGAAACAUCUCAAAGCUUCGAAAUUCGGUCAUCUGGGUGAACGUAACAUCGUCGGUACUAUUUUGGAUCUCUUUGCGGCUGGUUCGGAGACUACGGCCACCACUCUCCAGUGGGCAGUCCUGUACAUGAUGGUAAACCCUGACGUCCAGAAGCGAGUCCAGGCAGAAAUCGACGACGUUGUGGGUCGCAACCGGAUGCCAAGAAUGGCCGAUAUUCCGGAGCUACACUUCACUCGAGCAGUAAUCUGGGAGAUCCAACGCCUGGCCAACAUCGUUCCCUUGGGCGUCCCACACGCCGCUGCUUCGGAUAUCUAUCUCCGAGGCUUCUUCAUCCCCAAGGAUGCCUUGCUUGUGCCAAACAUGUGGACUAUCUUUCGAGAUCCUAAGCAUUGGCCCGAGCCGGAGCAGUUCAAACCAGAAAGAUUUCUGAACGAAAAAGGCGUGGCUGUGAAACCAGAAGAGUUGAUACCGUUCAGCACUGGCAGGCGGAGCUGCAUCGGGGAACACCUGGCCAAGAUGGAACUGUUCCUCUUCUUCAGUUUCUUCAUGCACCAAUUCACCUUCAAGAAACCCCAAAAUUCUCCUCCGCUGGCGUUGAAGGGCAAGGGUGGCAUCACGCACUCCCCGCAGCCGUACGACCUGUGCGCCAUCUCACGAGAAGAUUUUGGAGGGUUUAGCGCUUGAAAAGCGACCAUCUUAUCUGUGCCCUUCCAAUGAAGAUGUGAAUUUUGAGUAUAUCUGAACGUGAACAUGAUUGGUAUGUUUGCUGUCAGAGCAACGGUCUGAAAUGUGAAUGGCCUAUAAUAUAAAAGGAGAAAAUACUUGCAUCUCCUCGCUUUGUAUAGACUUUGAAAUAUUCUGUUAGGCAAGAUUUAUUCUAGGCUAAUUCCACCGGCUGUACUAAAAUAAAUAGAUAGAAAGUAGAGCUUGUUUUUUUUUAAAUAAUAAAACGUCAUGGGCCUUCAAUGGAGUGAGUCAAAAAGAAAGUGACCUGCAUUAAUGAAUUUUUCUUUUUAAAAACUAUUAAAUUUGAUACAUACAUAGAACAUGUAUUAACGCGCAUGUUCUUCUACUCGUGAAAAAAACACAUGCAAUAUUGAUGCAUGCAAUCAGAAGUUAUGCAUGUUCUGCUAAAAGAACACAUUUUUUUUUUUACAUCUGUCAGUAGAUUGCUAAAUGCUUGGAAGCUAUUCAGCUGAGCGGGAACCAGAGAUUACACACAGGCAUUCAAAUACAAAUUGAGAUUUUAAUAAUUUGAGUCAAACUGAGACACUAUAUUUUUACUGUCAGAUUUUGAGAUUUGCGCUGUCACUAUUAAAGGAACAAGUCUUGUUCACAUGGGUCUCUUUCCCUUCGGAACUUUUCGUUUAUUCAUGGAGGUAUACCCCCAUGAUAUUCAUCAAUGCGUAUUGGUGAAUGUUCAGUGACAGACAGCUGGAUUGUGUUCUAUUACUUAAAAAUAGAGAUAACUUGACGUUAUUUAAAGUAUGCAAAUUACGUGGAAUUUCACAUUUACUACAAUUAGGCCUACAACCAAUCACAUGUACUCUGUCACUUUCUUUUGACUCGCCCUUUACAACGUACGCAUGUAGCGAUUAU